AUGGCCGUGUCAUUCGUUCACCUUGCCAUGCUCCUCUCCUUGAUCCCGGCCACCGUCGCCUCACCUCGGAAGCUACGGGUAUCCCCAGCCGACACGGCCGAGCUCGAUGCUGGCACGCCGUCGUCCCCGGCCGACGCGUCGCGGCCGACCACCUUCUUCGAGGUGGACCGGCCGCUUCGGCCGCCACCGGGCAGCUCCGGCCCGUGCUCCACGCUCCUGCUCUCCAGCUCCUUCGGGUUCACCUUCACCAAGCCGCCCGCCACCGCCGCGUACUCACCGCCGCCCUGCCUCGUCGCGGAGGGCAGCAGUGCCUCGGCGAUCUCGCUGGCCGUCCUCGAGUGGCGCGCCACCUGCCAGGGAGUGCAGUUCGACAGGAUCUUCGGCGUCUGGCUCGGCGGCGCCGAGCUGCUUCGCAGCUGCACCGCCGAGCCGCGGCCGAACGGCAUCGUCUGGUCCGUCUCCAAGGACAUCACCAAGUACGCGUCCCUCCUCGCCGCCGGCAACUCCACCCUCGCCGUUUACCUCGGGAACCUCGUCAACAGCCAGUACACCGGCGUGUACUACGCCAACGUGACGCUCCACCUCUACUUCCGGCGCGCGCCUACGAGGACGCCGCCGCCGCCGGCCACGGCGCCCGCCGACGUCAUCGUCCCCAUGUCGAGAGGCCUGCCUCUGAACGACGGGCUGUGGUACCAGGUGCAGAACGCCACUGACGUCCAGUCCACGAGCGUCACCUUGCCACCGAACGCCUACCGCGCGGUUCUUGAAGUCUACGCCUCGUCCCACGGGGACGACGAGUUCUGGUACACGAACACACCAGGCGCCGCCAACGGCCCAUUCCGCGAGGUCACCGUUCGCGUCGACGGGGUUCUAGCUGGCGCCGCGUGGCCGUUCCCUGUCAUAUACACCGGCGGCAUCUACCCCCUCCUAUGGCGGCCCAUCACCGCCAUCGGCUCGUUCAACCUCCCGACCUACGACAUCGAGCUGACGCCUUUGCUGGGCAAGCUGUUGGACGGCAAGGCGCACGAGUUCGGGUUCGCGGUGACCAACGCGCUGGACAUGUGGUACGUCGACGCCAACCUCCACCUCUGGCUGGACCCCGGGAGCGCGGCCACGACGGCAGGCCUCAUCGCCUACGUCGCGCCGGAGUUAGUGGUGAACACGACGACGUCAGUGCAGUCCGGCGGCGACACGACGUACCACACGACGGCGAGCCGCCAAAUCUCGGCGACCGGAUGGGUGAGGUCGUCGCACGGGAACCUCACGACGAACGCCACGCGGACGUUCACGUUCGACAACACCAACGCCAUCAGCGACGGCACCGCGGAGACGGUGAACCAGACCACCGUCACGCAUGACGGCAUCUUCGCCACGGACCGCCGCACCGGCGUCGUGUACUACGCGGUUUGGGCGCGCCAGGACUUCCCGCUCUACCUGGACUCCGAGACGGAUCGCGUGACCGUGACGCACGGGCUGGACGUGACGACGGUGUCCGCCGGUCGGUGGUCGUCGGGGCCCCGGUACCGGUCGCUGCGCACCACGCAGAGCAGCGUCGUGGAAGAGGUGGAGCGGCGACGCGGGAACGGAGUGUCGUGGGGCACGCGGCAGACGUACAGGUACGAGGCCGCCGACGGGUGCUACUUCAGGAACGUGACCAGCAGCGGUUACAGCAUCGCGUCGGACCAGUCUAAUGAGGUGUGCGCCAAGGGCGGGGCCCCUGCCGGAGUUGGCGGCGUGACGGCGGCGCUACGGGCGGCGUCCGCAGCGGACGAGGCUGGGCUCGUCCGGAACUGA